UCCGUUUCUCUUCUGGAAUUCAGGCUGCAGCGCCGCCUGGUUCACGAGGACGCUUUGUAGGCUCCACCUUUUCUAGCGGUCCAGUGACCUCACCAGUGGGCUGGAUUGGAAGGGUGGGAUUUCCAGGUUUUCGGUCGCUGUGCUGUUCCUCACUGCAAGGACCUAUGCGGCUUCAGCGCUAGCAAAAGACUGGACUGAUUGUUCACAUAAUAGCACCGCAAAGGCGAUACUGGAUCCAUUUUUCUCUACAUGCUAUUGCACCCGGGAUAAACAAUUAAGGAAUGUGGAAAUUACAGAAUGCCCACCAGCGCUGGAAAGAGAUUUAAACCCACCAAAUACAUCCCGGUGUCUACAGCUGCCACUCUCCUUGUGGGAUCGACGACUUUAUUUUUCGUUUUCACGUGCCCCUGGUUGGCCAAGGUGAUCUCCCCUCUCGUGCCUCUCUACAAUGGCCUCGUCUUCCUCUUCGUCUUGGCCAACUUCAGCAUGGCGACCUUCAUGGACCCCGGCGUCUACCCCAGAGCGGACGAGGAUGAAGACAAAGACGACGACUUCCGAGCGCCUCUCUACAAGAAUGUGGAGAUCAAGGGCAUUCAGGUUCGGAUGAAGUGGUGCGCCACCUGUCACUUCUACAGGCCGCCUCGCUGCUCCCACUGCAGUGUCUGUGACAAUUGCGUGGAGGACUUUGACCAUCACUGUCCUUGGGUCAACAACUGCAUUGGACGUAGAAACUAUCGCUACUUCUUCCUCUUCCUGCUCUCUUUGAGCGUUCACAUGCUGGGAGUUUUCACCUUUGGCCUCAUUUUUUUGCUCCACCACCGGGAGAAGCUGGGAGCUCUGCACACCACCAUCACAUUGGUGGUGAUGUGUAUCGCAGGUCUUUUCUUUAUUCCCGUUGUGGGUCUCACGGGUUUCCACAUGGUGCUUGUGGCGCGAGGUCGAACCACAAAUGAACAAGUAACGGGCAAGUUUCGUGGAGGAGUAAAUCCCUUCACUAAAGGUUGCUGUGGCAACGUGGAAUAUGUCUUAUGUAGUCCUCUGGGGCCAAGGUACAUAUUUGACCCCCGAAAAAAGCCCCACAUGAAAAUUCAACCUCCGUUCAUCAGACCGGACCUCUCAGACAGGCAAAUCACCAUUAAAGUCAAUGACAACGGCAUCCACGGCACCAUUAUCAGCUCCAAGUCCAAAAACAGCCUUGAUGGCCUGGAUGAAAAAGAAACACAGCCGCCAUUACCCCCGAAAGCCGACAGGUACAACCAGCUGAAAAAUCAUCUGACCUCCAGUGAGGAAAGCUCUCUGUCUGGUAAGACCCACCCCUCCACUCCGGCUAUGUACAAAUUCAGACCAUCCUUUGGCACCAUGCCGAAGGUCCACUAUCAUACGGCCGGGGACAAGAUUAUCAUGCCCGAUGACCAAAAUUCCCAAGCCAUCUUGGAAGAGGGUGUUCGUGGCCACGACUACCGAUCCGAGCCAAACUUAGAUCUGCCCGAAUACACUAACGCCCCCCUUCAACGCACUUUCAAGUCCUCGCCUUUCCAGCUGGACUCUGACCCGGUCAACUCUCGGACUCUUAGCCUGAAGCAGGCUCAGCAGCGAUCAGAGAAAGGUCAUCUUGUAGGUCUGCAGCCCAAGACGGUCAACUCUACCCCAUACAAGAACAUCUUCUCUCCUAACACGCUCUCCAACCGUAACGGAAGCUUAUCCUAUGACAGCCUGCUGAACCCCAGUGGCACCCUGCCCGCUGCCAGCGAGUGCUUGGCCCACCGUGGUAUGCCUCCAGUGGGGUUCCACUCGCCCUACCUGCCCACCAAAAUGUGCCACAUGCGGGAGCCUGAGCUGCAGAGACAACAGGUUGCCGCCACCUACAGUCCAGUUAUGUCAUCGAGGGGGGUGGACCGUCAAUCGCCUCACCUACGGGACAGGGACUCCUCCCCAGUGCGCUACGACAACCUCUCCCAAACAAUCAUGGCCUCCAUCCAAGAGCGGAAGGAAAUGGAGGCGAGAGAGAAGCGACACAUGCUACACGGGCAUUCCCAGACACAUAUCUAUGCCCAGGACUCGGGUGUGUUUGAAGGCUCGGGGGGAUAUGGCCUUCCGCCCAACCCCUGCUAUCCAGAUGGGCCUCACUGUGCCGGGUCCAGAGGCCCAACACCUCCGGUUUAUGGAGGCUCCAGGGACAAUCUGAUGGGGGUUGGGCCCAGCUACGGCCAGAGAACCCCUGUACUGUGCCAGACUGGCUCCACUCUGGGCCGAGCACCCAGGACUUCAUCCGGCUCUUUACACACGGAUCACAUUAGCAGCAACAACAACCACGGAAGGGUCUCGGGCCCAGAGGGCCUUUAUCGCUCCCCUGCCCACCACCCUCGCUCCCCUGCCAUGCCCCGAUCGCCCUCCUACUCCCACCAGAAACUCUCAUACAUGAGUGCCCAGGAGAGGAUGGACUCACCUCGCCUGGGCAGGGCAAGAGAGGCCAUGAAAGUUAAUGGCCAGAUGGAUUGCCACCCGAGUGCCAAGGGUGUCACAGCCAGUCCCAAUCGCCACGGUAACGUCAAAAAGGUGACAGGCGUGGGAGGCACCACCUAUGAGAUUUCGGUGUGAGCAGCGACGCCGAAUCCAACUUCACUGACAAGAACCACAUUUAGGGUUUUUUUUUGGGGGGGGUGAACUGUAGAAUACAAAACGAGUUUUAUUUUUCAAUCACAGGAUCAGUCUGCUUGUGUGGUUUUCUUGGGCGAAAAGAUGCAUUGAGUCCAAUUAUCAGUGGGAGUCACGUCCGUGUUUGUGGUGGGGGUCCAUGUAUUGGUCAUUUCAUUGAACCAAAAGAUCAUCAUAUUCUUAUCUGGCCUUGAUCAAAUUUCCUAUACCGUACACAUUUUCGCUUCAGCCAGAACAAAAUGUCCGUCCAUCCAUCCAUUUUCAACACAGCUUACCCUGAACAGGGUCGGGGAGUUUAGCUGGUGGAGCUUAUUCCGGCUGACUUCGGACGGAAGGCAGACUAUACCCUGUACUGGUUGCCCGUCAGUCACGGGGCACAUAUAGAGAGAUAACCAUUCACGUAAUCACUGAGUUGGAACCGAUCCCGCGCUGCCCACACAUAAGGGAGUCGAGUGUACCAGUACACCAUCAGUGAGACUGAAAAAAAUGUAAAAAUGUCACUGGGGGAAAAAACCUAAACACAACAAAACAUGAACACCUUCAGCGAAGGAAUCAUACUUUUCCCAAGUGUGACACCCUGCCUUCUUGGAGAAGAAUUC